AAAACAACGCCGCUUCUGGAAUUUAUUCCGCUUUUAUCGGUGAUUUGAGAAACCGGCUUUUAAACGUGUGCUCGUAGGAUAACGGAAAUCCUCAUUUUCAUAACCAUUUGCUUUUGUGGCUCAACUUUUGAUCGAGUCUUCGUGCAGUCGUAACCAUGCCAGUACCAAGCUUACAAAAACCCGCCCCGAUCUUCAAGGGCACCGCCGUCGUAGACGGCAUGUUCAAGGAAAUCUCCCUGGAAGACUACAAAGGCCAAUACGUAGUCUUCUUCUUCUACCCGCUCGACUUCACUUUCGUCUGCCCGACCGAGAUCAUCGCUUUCUCCGAUCGCUUCGAGGAAUUCAAGAAAAUCAAGUGCUCGGUGGUGGCCUGCUCUACGGACAGCCAGUUCACCCAUCUGGCCUGGGUCAACACCCCAAGAAAACAGGGCGGUCUCGGCGAAAUGGGGAUUCCCUUGCUCGCCGACAAAUCCGGGGCCAUCGCUAAGGCGUACGGCGUUCUAGACGAGGAAACGGGCGUGCCGUUCCGCGGUUUGUUCAUCAUCGACGGCAAGGGUAUCCUGAGGCAGAUCACCAUCAACGACUUGCCCGUCGGCAGGUCGGUAGACGAGACCCUGCGUCUCGUCCAGGCCUUCCAGUUUACCGACGAACACGGGGAGGUGUGCCCGGCUGGCUGGAAGCCCGGCCAGAAGACCAUGAAGCCCGACCCCAACGGCAGUAAGGAUUAUUUCUCCAGCUCGCAUUAGCUUGGGAAUUCGUGUAAUUCCGAUUGAUUUUCGUUUGUCUCCCGUUUUGCUUUUAAAACACUGUUUUCCAUUUUAUUUUAGCCCGUGAAGCAAUGAGGAGUUUGUAGCGCUGCCGAUAUACGCAACAUUACAAGUAUUUUUUUUUUUUUGGUGAUAUUUUUUGCGUGUAUUGGCAGAUUUAUGUGAUGCGUAAGGAUAAAGUCAUUCUUCCUAAUUUUAUUAUUUUUUCAAUAAAUGUAUUGAGGAUUA